CAUACAUCUCGCCCUCCGGAUGACUCUCUGCACAGACAGAGAGUGCAAGAGUGUGAGAAAGAGCGAGGAAGGUCCAAGGCCAACAAGCAGCGAUGGCCGCGCAGUCGGCGUCGACGGCGGUCCCGCUCGACACGCCGCUCACGCGCGACUUUCCCCCCACCGCUCACCUCCCACGGGCAGACCUCGAGCAGCUGCUGUAUGGCGAUUCAAACGAGCGCGAUCAUCUCGGUGCUGCUGCUGUAGAUGCAGCUAUCUCGGCUCAGGCAGACCCGCUCGCGCCGCCGCCGCCGCUGCAGCAGCAGAACGCCUACUUUGAAGCUUUUGUGCAUACGCUGCCAAGUGUGCAGCGCACGAUCGCAGAGCACGAUGCACUGCUAGAGAGCAUCGAGGACAAGGCUCGCCGAAAUGCCGAGCUGAAGCCGCGUCUGGAAGCGCUGCGACGCGAGACGCAGCAGUGCUUUCAACAAGCGCAGGCCCUCGAUGCACAGUGGCUACCGCUCAAUGCUACCCUCGAAGAGAUGUACAAGCGCUUUUCCCCCGCCUCACUACACGCGCAGCUGACGCAGGGAACCUCCAAGCUGCACGACGCCUCGGAAGCACUCGCGAAUGCAUAUGUCGAGAACCUCCCCUCGCUCGCCAGCGGCUUCGUCACACCUGACGAACCGGGCUCACUCCCCAUCUCGUCCUCACCGAACCCUGACCCAGACACGCAGUUUGUGCGCAAGUUCCGAGAGCUCAGGACCCGCUACCAUCGCCGUGCGUUGCUGGCCGAACGCUGGUCGAAGGGCACUGUCGCCUGGCGGGACGAGUGA